GAAAGCAGCCCUCGAAGCCAAGCCAAGGAACCCUAACCACCGCCACCGCCGCCGCCGCCGUCGCCGUCGCGCCUCCACGACGUUUCUCGGUUUCCGGAUCCUCUCCAUUGGCCGGAUAUCACGCCCCUUCACUGUCGUGCUCAUCUGUGCCGACAGCGCGGAUUGAUUUGUAGAUCAAAUGGACGUCAGAGUACCAGGUGGUUGACCCGACCAGUCCCAGAUUUUAACUGAAAGCUGCUAUCACCUAAACUCGUCAAGAAUGAAGAGAUACUUUCAACCCAUUCAAAAGGCUGUUAGUUCUGGAAGCAAUUUACCACCUGAUGAGAGUACUACCACAGAGCCAGGAAAGAAACCCCAUGUUUGUGCUUUGCUUACUCUGGAUGAUAUUGUUGUUGACCCAGGGCUCCGAAAACCAAUUGAUGAAUAUGAUGUUGGAAUUAUGGAUAAAGUGAGGAGGAAGUAUCUUCUGAUGGGUCCAUGCCAGCCAGCCACUCACAAUUUUCGUAGAAAACAGCAUGAUGUUUGUUCAGGGAGUUUUAACAAAGCAUGGUUCAAGAAGUUUGAUUGGUUGGAAUACAGUGUGGAGAAAGAUGCAGCCUAUUGUUUCUAUUGUUACCUUUUUGAGCAGGCUGGGACCAAUAAAUUUGGGAGCCCUGCCAUCUCUGUAUCUGGGUUUAGAAACUGGAACAAAGCGAUAGAAAUUUUCAAUGGGCAUGUUGGUGGAAUUAAUAGUAGUCACAAUAUUGCAAGGCAAUACUAUGAGGAUUUCAAAAGUCGUAGUAAAAUCAUGGCCGCUGGUGUAUGUUGUGCAAGAUUUCUUAUUUCACAAGGUCUUCCCUUUUACGAACUUGAGGAAUGGCGCAAUCCUGGAAAUGAAGGGAACUUUGUUGAGAUGCUGAACUGGUAUCUGAACGAUUUUAAGUCCGUUGGCCCGCCGAUUAUUGAAAAUGCUCUUUGUUAUGAUGAACUGAUUUCCCCAGAGAUACAGAAAGAUUUGGUGAAAUGCUGUGCAGAAGUGAUUGCACAAACAAUUGUUGAUGAGAUUGGAGAUAGUUAUUUCUCUUUACUUGUUGACCAGCCUCAUGAUAAGCUGAUGCUGGAUAAAAUUUCUGUAAUGAUAAGGUUUAUGAACAAGCAUGGCCAGAUCAUUGAAAGAUUACUUGGUAUCGAAUAUACGACUCUGGAUACAGCCCCUGCAAUGAAAGAAGCUUUAGAUAAUUUGUUGGCUCGGCGUGGUUUAUCUAUUUCUAGACUAAGAGGGUAGGGUACAAUGUAGUCUCAAAUAUGACAGUAGAAUUUGAUGAGCUGAAGUCACUAAUUCUGAAGGAAAAUCCAUAUGCCCAUUAUGUACACUGUUUCCCCAACCAGUUUCAGUUGGUCAUUGUUUAUGUUGCGAGGAGCAUUAGAGCUAUUGGCGAUUUCUUCUUUUAUGUGGACAAAAUUGUUGAGACUGUGGGUGCUUCUUGUGGAACAAAUGAUGCGUUGAUUCAAAAACACUAUGCAAGGAUUAUGGAAAAAAUGGAGAGAGGCGUGACUUCACCAGUCAAAGGAAAUCAUCCAGAAAGUGAUCUUUCUGCUUGGCCUGCUCACACAAAGUGGGGCUCAUACUGUAAAACUUUACUUCAACUGAUUACAACGUGGCUUGGAGUGCUAAAAGCACUAGAGGAUGCACAUGAUGACCGAAUUCGUCGUGUUCAAUCAGGGGCAGCAUUUGAUUUGAUAAAUGACAAUGCAGAAUUUUGGCCACCACCAGCAGAUUUAAUAGAGAGAAUGGAGACAUUUGAAUUUGUAUUUAUCUUGCAUUUUGUGACGCCCCGGAACCGGUACCCUGAGGAUCCCAGCGAUCCCGCCGAAAUCCGUACGAUAUCGAUUCCGACACGCCCUCCGACACGACGUGCGUGACAAAGCACACGUGAUGCCAGAGGAAUUACCACGAGUAGUAACAUUACAACAGGUUUACAAUAUAGCCCACAAGAUACAUAUAUAUUACAACAACGACUCCAACGAGUCAAGAUACAAAUAUACAAUACAAAGAUCCAAAUCAUACAGAAGAUCGAAUAC